AUGAACCCAGAUUUUGUCCGACCUGAUCGCGAAGAAGUUCGAGAAAAACUUCGGGGACAAAAAUCACUGCUUUCGAGAAAGAAAAGCCUGGGGAGAACGUUAUCGGGUAGAAAUGAUGGUGAUGAUUGGACUCUGCAGUUGCCUAGCCAUUCUCGAAAACUUCUAAAUGAGCUGAACGCUUUGGAAAAUGAUGUGCAGACUCUGACAGACUCCGCCUACGAUGCCGUUGCUGAUUUUUCUCUGAAAAGUCUUAUUGCUGAUCGUACACUGGCUAGAAAAAGCACAUCUAGCCAAACUCGAAUUCCUGCCAAACAAGAUCUUGCCCCAGGCCUUCUCUCCAUCCAAAGAGUGGUGGCAACAACUGACUUUAUAGAUGGGCUUGUUUCCAUUGUUGAUAAGGAUAUGUCGCGUAAAACUACUGUGGAAGAUAAGUGUUCCCUAAUCAGUUCUACAUUUCUUACUCUGAAUUUACUCGACGAUGCUGCUCGUGCAAUCGCUAAGGAUUCUUCAUUUUAUGCGGAUGAGCUUACCAAAGCUUUUGAACAUUACCAAAUUGAAAAAAGCGCCUUGUCACGAUUUGUAUUCAUAUGCGAACGUCUGAAGAAACUUUCCCCUACACCCAUGGAAUAUUCUCUUGUUCGAGCGCUGGCUGUUUCCACACCAGAUCGUGAAGUGCUUUCGAACGGCUUUAGCGAGCAUCUGAGCGAUUUGCAUGAAUCCCUUCAAGAGCUGCUAUUUCGA